GUUGGGUUCAUGCGCGAAACAAAAUGGCGCCCGCGGAUCCAGUUGUUUCAUGUACAUUUAAUAAAUCAUUGCAAUAGUAAUUUAACGAGUUACAUUAGUUCAUUGAUACAUACAAUAGUUACAUAAAAUAAAUAUGACUUCACGAAGAUGGUUCUGGCCAACCAUAAGUGGCCUAGAAGCUGAAACGAUUUUACUUCAAAGGGGAAAGGACUACAGUUUCUUAGCUCGACCCAGUUCCACCAAUCCAGGAAACUUUACCCUCUCAGUGAGGAGGAAUGGUGAAGUGACACACAUAAAAAUUCAGAAUUCUGGUGAUUUCUAUGAUUUGUAUGGUGGAGAGAAGUUUGCAACCUUAUCAGAUUUAGUGCAGUUUUAUAUGGAAAACCAGGGCCAACUGAAAGAGAAAAAUGGAGAAAUAAUUGAAUUAAAGUAUCCACUAAAUUGUGCUGAUCCAACAACAGAGAGGUGGUUCCACGGUCACCUGUCCGGAAAAGAAGCGGAGAAAUUAAUUCUGGAGCGUGGCAAGAAUGGUAGUUUUCUAGUACGCGAGAGUCAAUCGAAACCGGGCGAUUUUGUUCUUUCCGUCAGAACCGAUGACAAAGUGACACACGUUAUGAUAAGAUGUACACAGGAUAACCGAUACGAUGUUGGCGGUGGCGAAAAAUUCGAUAGUUUAGCGGAGCUUAUCGAGCACUACAAGAGAAAUCCAAUGGUUGAGACAACUGGAACGGUCGUGCAUUUGAAGCAACCCUUCAAUGCCACACGAAUCAACGCUAGCGGUAUACACAAUCGAGUCAAACAAUUGCAGGAGGAGAGAUAUGAAACUACUGGUAAAAUGGGCGGAUUUUGGGAAGAGUUUGAAUCUUUGCAGCAUCAAGAACAAGAAAAGCAGUAUUCGAGGAACGAGGGAAUCAAACCGGAAAACAAAAACAAAAAUAGAUACAAAAACAUAUUACCAUUUGAUGAGACUCGAGUAAAAUUGAAGAACAUCGAUCCAGAAGUGCCCGGUGCUGAUUACAUAAAUGCCAACUACAUACGUUGGAAGGCUGACGAUAAUUUAGGUUUUAGCGACUACAGUGAUCCCAAUAAUAAAGUUUACAUAGCUACACAAGGCUGUUUACCAUCUACAAUUCCCGAUUUUUGGGAAAUGGUGUGGCAGGAAAACUGUCGUGUUAUUGUUAUGACAACCAAAGAGACAGAGAGAGGAAAGAACAAAUGUGCCAGAUAUUGGCCAGAGGAAGGUGAUUCAAAAGAGUAUGGACAAAUCAAAGUAAAGAAUUUAAUAGAAAACUCCAAUGUACACUACACACUCAGAGAGUUCCUAGUGACUAUGGAGGAUUGCGCAACUGAGAGGAAAGUGUUUCACUACCACUUUCAGGCUUGGCCGGACCACGGUGUCCCGUCCGAUCCAGGAGUGGUGCUUAAUUUCCUGCAAGACGUAAACAAACGACAGGAGGCUUUGGGCCAGGAAUUACCAGAUAACAGCGCUCCAGGAGCCGUCCUCGUCCACUGUUCAGCAGGCAUAGGUCGCACGGGAACGUUCAUUGUUAUUGAUAUGAUUCUGGACCAAUUGAAGAAGCACAAUCUCGAUUGUGAAAUCGAUAUACAGCGCACGGUGCAGAUGGUGCGCUCGCAAAGAUCCGGAAUGGUUCAAACCGAGGCACAAUACAAGUUCGUAUAUUUGGCUGUAAAACACCACAUUGAAACAACCACUGAAAGAAUUAAGGCUGAUCAAAAAUGCAUGCAGAUGGGUAGGGAGUAUACGAACAUAAGAUAUAGCAGUGAUUUAAACACGUUGACCAAUAGUCUCAGCGGUAUUGGCAGUUCGUUGUCAUUGACAACUAACCGAUCGUCUAUCAGUUUGCCAUUUUCGCCACCUCCCACGACUCCUUCAAAUGUGCGCGAUGGCAAGAAGAUAAGCCGCGAAAUGUUGCUUCCCAGGCCACCAGAUGACCUUCCCAGAUCCAAACUGUAUGAAAACAUUCCCGUAAAAGAGCCUAAAUUGUCUGUGGUUAAUUUGGCGUCCAGUCAUUGCGUGGCGCCGCCCCCGCCACCUAGAAAAACGUGACGCAAACACCAUAUUCUCCUUAUACUAUAACUUCUAAGUAGAUUUUAUUGAUAUACGUUCCAUUUAUAUAUUUUUUUAAUUUUAUUUUCUCUUUGAUAUUAAAUCAAUGUGCAAUUUGAGGAAAAAUAUAUAUAUAUUAAAAAAAAUCUAGCAUAUCUGUGUAAAAGACAAAAAUCGCACCCAAGUAUAAAAUGUAUUUACGCUUUAUUCAAUGUGUGGAAAACUUAAUACAUGUAAUAUAUAUAUAAUAUGUUGCCGAUUGAUUUAUAUAUAUAUAUACAAAAAUAUAAGAUAUAAAUUAUUUAUUUAUGCUAAUGUUUUAAGCUUUGCUGUGAAAAAUAAUGAAUAUAUAAUAUCUGUUGGUUCGAAAUGGAUUGGAGAGAGACCAAAAAAUUGUCUGGUGCUUACUGUUCUCUUGAGAAGAUCUUUUAUUGUAAGUUUGUAUUGUUUAUGUUUCUCUUUUCAUUAUUGUUGAUUAUUGCCGCUACGUUUCUUCAUACUUGCGUUGUGUCAGUUUAUAUUAAAAUAUGUACAUAAAUUUAAACUACUACAGAUAUAUAUGUGUACAUGUCCAUGCAUGUAUCAAUUGUUGGUUCUGUGUGUUUUUUUUGCUUCUUGAGAAAUUGUCGAGGAGAUAUGUAUAUUAUAGGAACUAUGACAGGAAAAGACGACUGGAAAAUCAAGAAGUGAGAUGAGAGAUAUAUCGGAGAAAUUUUAUUGGGUAAAGAGAUGUUUUUAUCAGAUCGAAUAUAUAUUAUAUAUUUAUAAAAGUGAUUUUUUUUAAAUUUUUUUUUACUAUUUUGAUCUUCUGGUUGGCCCGGAAGUGAACAAUUUUAUAUGGUAUUCUUAUGUAAUUUAUUAUGUGAGAUUAAAGUGAAUGUUUUUUUAAAAA